CACAACACGACGACGGACUAGACUUCAGAACCAGUCGUUUGCCACCGCCUCAACUCGGGUUUAAACCUGCUUCUGCUGUCAACGACCUUUCAAUCUAUCUGCCGAUCUGAAUGCUAUAUGUUUUGAUGGGUGAGGGACCGACUUCGGAAUGAAGACGGCCGUACAGAUUGGGAGACGGCGGCCGUUCCAGCGGUUCUGCUGCUGUGGAGUUGGGCUUCUCGCGGUCAUUUGGCUCUCACAGGUCGCGCACGUGAUAGAGCCGGAGUCGUCCGGGUCUCAUUCAGCAGAGGAUGGCGUUCCAGUCCGUUCCAGACGCAGGCUGAUGCAGGAGGAGUGGACAGAAGACAACCAGACCCUAGACCUUCCUAGACCAGCUAUCCAUGAGUUUCCAGAAGAUAUAUUUACCAAGGAGGAGCUGAAAGGAGGGGCAGUGCUGUUACAUGUGCUGUGUGCUAUCUACAUGUUCUACGCUCUUGCUAUUGUCUGUGAUGACUACUUUGUCCCUUCUCUGGAGAAAAUAUCAGAGAACCUGCAGCUCAGUGAGGAUGUGGCAGGGGCAACCUUCAUGGCUGCAGGAAGCUCAGCCCCAGAGCUCUUCACCUCUCUCAUUGGUGUGUUUAUCACUAAAGGAGACGUGGGGGUUGGCACCAUCGUGGGCUCAGCAGUCUUCAACAUCCUGGUCAUCAUUGGUGUGUGUGGCAUCUUUGCGGGCCAGACGGUGGUUCUGACUUGGUGGUCUCUGUUCAGGGACUCCACCUACUACAUCUUCUCUGUGCUGGCUCUCAUCCUGGUCAUCUUUGAUGCAAAAGUUGUCUGGUGGGAGGCCGUGCUCCUAAUGACCAUGUAUGGAGUCUACAUUCUUAUCAUGAAGUUCAACUCCCAGCUCUUGGGCUGUGUGACACGUCGUUUUGGGGGUCCGGGUCAGUGUUGCCUGGGUAGUGAUGGACACAGAGACGAGGAGAUGGCAGAGGACGGACCCACCUGCAACACCAACAUGGUGCUGCUCAGGAAAGGCCAACCCCAGGUUCAGGAGUCUCCUCCGGUGAUGAUGGUGGACGAGCUCCUCAUCCUCAACCCCCACCAGUUGUCCUUCUCCGAGGCCGGCCUGCGCAUCAUGAUCACCCCCCACUUCUCCCCUCGCACCAGGCUCAGAAUGGCGGGACGCAUGCUCAUCAGUGAGAGACAGAGGUUGAUCAGGAGUCCCAACAGCCAGCUGGACGGGGAGACCGGCGCAGGGGCAGGGACAGGGGGCACCCCUCUGAAGGGUUCUGGAGGUCUCGAGAAUGGGGGCAGUGUGGAGAGGCAGACCCCUGAGGGGGCCGGGCUAGGGGACGCAGGGGAGAAGCCAGGGGCGGAGGGCUGUCAGGCUGAGGAAGAGAAGGAUAAUGAUGAUGGGCCGUUCAGGCCUCUGCACUGGCCAGGUGGUUGCUGUGCGCGGGUCAAGUGGCUGAUCUCGUGGCCCCUGGGCCUGCUGCUGUACUGCACUGUGCCUAACUGUGUGUUCCCCCGCUGGCACCGCUGGUUCAUGGUCACCUUCUUGGCCUCCACCCUGUGGAUAGCCAUCUUCUCCUACCUCAUGGUGUGGAUGGUCACCAUCGUCAGCUACACACUAGACAUCCCAGACUACAUCAUGGGUAUCACCUUCCUGGCAGCGGGCACCAGCGUGCCAGACUGCAUGGCCAGCCUCAUUGUAGCUCGGCAAGGUAUGGGGGACAUGGCAGUGUCUAACUCCAUUGGCAGUAAUAUAUUUGACAUCCUGUUGGGGCUGGGUUUCCCGUGGGCUCUGCGCACUCUGGUAGUGGACAACGGAUCAUCGGUCUACAUUAACAACAAGGGCCUGGUGUAUUCUGUUGUCCUGCUGCUGGCCUCCGUCUUCCUCACAGUGAUGAGUGUCCAUCUGAACCACUGGAAGCUGGACCGCCGGCUGGGCCUGGGUCUGAUAUUCCUCUAUGCUAUCUUCCUGCUCUGCUCCAUCUUCUUUGGGCAGAUGUGAGGCUGACGCUGGGGUCAAAGGUCAACCCUGAUUCGCCUUCCUGUAAGCUGCCACGUCCAGGAGUCCUCUGUCUCCAAGAGAUCCGCUCUCCUAAAGCCAAAAAAAAGUCUCAGCUACAUUGUGCUAAAAGUUAAUGUGAUGUACCACAAACAGAAUAUGCUUGGAUGACAUUACACACACACACAAUACACAAACACACAAUACACAAACACUCACUGUAGUCUUUUUCAGUGGAACAAACCUUUUUAAUCCGAAGUGCAGUGUUUUAAUACAUAGCAACAUAAUGUUCAACUGUCACCAUUAUACAAUAGACUAGUCCUCUUGUUUCUUAACCUUACGUUUGGAACACCCGUGUUUGUUUUGAAUGUACGCCCUAGCUGAUGUUACCUUGUUGUGUGGUGAUUCAGUAUGUACAUUUGCAAAUGUGAAGCAGUGCUGGGGUACAGUGGAGCAUAGAACAGUCAGUAAGGUACUAGGAAUGUAGCAAUAGGACAAAUGGACACCGUUAACGUGUCAGCAUAGACUUAUAAUUGGGAAAAUAUUAAUAAGAGAUGCCGAUUAUUGUGACUAUAUUUUGUAAAGUGACUGACCGAGUUCCUCCAAAGAGGAUUUAUGAUUUUGUUUUUUGCCUCACUACUUUUGAACAAGUAUUAUUACAAACUAAGUAAAUAAUAGGCUAACAUGAAAUCUAUGAUUUAAGUGUUAUAACUAUUGACUACAUGUUUCUAUGAGUGUCAAAACCUUUGAUAAAAUGCAUACAGGUCUGUUGUAAUAGUUCACUACGUUAAGGUACGAUCAAUGUUUGUAAAAUUCUUUCUGUACAUUUAUUUGUUUUUCAGUAUUACUGUAUAACAAUUAUUAAGUCUACAAGAUCAUACUUUUUACUGUUUCUAAAUGUUUACUAAAUAUUUGACAUAGUUUUACAAAAAAUGUAUGUCAGACAGAGACUAGAUUUGUGAUGUUUUUGAUAUUUAUAAGAACUAGAUAACAUUUUUCCUAUGAUAUUUGUGAGAAUACCAUAUAUUGUAACUGAAAGAUGAUGUAUAUUUUUGUCACUUAGUAAAGUAAUACUAAAGAAGACUGACACUUCAGAUCAGCACACUCCACCUAGAUCUGAUGAAAGGAGAAUAAGGUUAUAUUGAAUAAUGUCACUUUCUAAGUCACUAUUAGGUUAUUUAACCCAGCUUAGAUCAUUUUUAGCACCUAACCCCCUUGAUUUAGUAUCUUUAUUUAUUAUUUCUGAGAUUUUACAUAUUUCCUUUGUCAAGUGCUUGUGAUUACAAUAAGCAUUGGUUUGCUCCUCAAAAUAGUAUAUUCUCAAAACAUGUUAUUUAUUUGAAGACUGUUUUUUUUUCAUUACCACAAUGGUAACUUCUAUUAAAUAUAAUUUAGAUUUCAGAUCAGAUCAAAUGACUCAAAUUUGUUUUGCCAAAUGAAAGGACUGCAGAAUAUACUCUUUGUGUGAUAGAACUACUAGUUCUGCUCUUUGCUUUCAGCCACUCAUAAACAUUUUUAACAUUUCAAAUGAGGCUCAUAUGUUUAAGAGUGGGCUACAGACUGUUGAGUGUUGUACACACUGGUUGCUGUGCUGCUAAGUAUCCCAGGUGUAGUUACCUGUCGUAUGUCCAGUGUAGGCCUUUAAGUACCUACUGAGAUAGGAAGACCACCAAGGAGUCCCCACUACCAUCCAACCAGUCAGAAAUCCUGCCUCUGUUAGAUCAGAGCACCAAAUAGAACCCUGAUUUAGUUCGGACAUGAAGCAGCUGUGUUUGAAAUGUGUUCUUCCUCAAUGUUUUGUUCUGUUUGGUUGGAGCCACCAGAUAUUCUAGCACUGAGAUUAGUUUCUUUAGAGAUGAUCUCUGAUCAUUGAGAACUUUUGUAUGUUGUUGAAUGCAAUAAAUACAAUUUGUGCAAUAACAA